UACGCCGAAAUCUAUAUUCACCAUAGCGCGAUUGCAAGUUGUUUUGCAAUAAUACUUUGAGUCGUGCCGAAAACGCGGAAAGUAAUGGUGUUUGAACAAUAGCGGAUAUCAAUGAAGCAGAUUUAUGGCCCCCUGGUAACGCGUAGUUCAUCGCUCUGUGUUGUUCCGCGUCCCUGUUUCAUUUCCGGAGAACGCAAAUGCACUCUUCCCCACCCUAAUGUCUGAGUUGCGACGCGAGAGGAAAGGAUACAUAUGUGGUUUGCUUACACACAAGCUGAACGGAUUUGCUUCGCGCCGUAAAUAAUAAUGGACUUUGAUGAAGAUUAUGACAGCGAACAAAGCGACGAUGAGCUUCGCAUCGUAGAUUGUAACUUAAUCUACGAGACAUAGAUACAAAAUGACAUUGACGCAACUGUGCGUGAGAUUAUUGAAGUGCCCAAUGUUGAAGUUAAACUGCUUUGCAGAGGCUCCACGCAAUGGCCCGGACGAGGAGUUUGAAAGUUGGUCAGAAAUAAGCACGGAUGAACCAGACCCAUCGACCAAUAGACUAGAGUCCAACAUGGAUGAUGUACCAGUGCCCACAGAGAACACAUUUGAUGUUACAUUACCAGCAACACACUCUUAUUUAGGACAAAAUUUAGAAGAAUUAAGGGGAAGAACAAUAUUGGAUGAUGGCAUUUAUAUGAAUCUACCACUAUUGAUAAAGCAGUCUGUAUUAUUUCCUGGACAAACAUUACCCAUGACUGUGUUUGGCGCACAGACCAUAGAGAUGCUGCAAAACUGUAUACAAAACGACCGCACCUUUGGUGUUGUGUGUUAUGGUUAUCCAGAGAUGGAGCGAAUAGGAACUACAGCCGAGAUUUAUGAAUACACAGACGGCGGAUGGACAGAUCACGGUCGGCGAGAAUUUCGCUUAAAAGCUAAAGGCAGGCAGCGCUUUAAGAUAUUGCGCAUUAUCACACAGGAUCACAAUAAAAUUUCGGCCAAUGUUAAAGUGUUACCAGAAAUAACACUUGGGCCGCCAUUCUUGGACCAACGUUUGGCCUCAUUAGAUCACUUGAGAGUCUUUCCCGAUUCGGAGACCGACAUAAAAAAGCAGAAGAAAGAUAUGAAAAAGCAAGAGAGAGUGGAAAACUUAGACGCUGCGGUUACUGCUUGGCCAGCUUGGGUUUAUAGACUGUACGAUCCUAAAAGGCUUUCCUUUAAAAUACGUCAGCAUCUGCAGUUUCUUGAAACUAGGGGUGGUAAUGUACCUAAAGAUCCUGUAGAUUUGUCCUUUUGGGUAGCGCAAAAUAUUCUUAUGGAUCACAGUGAAAGACUCAUGUUAUUAAACUACGAUUGCGCUAUUUCUCGAUUGCAGAGAGAAAUGAAGUAUCUUGUAGAGGAUAACAUCUACGUGUGCGUUAAUUGCGAAUCCUUUAUCGGAAGGCAAUCGCAUAUGUUUCCGAUGAAUAGAGAAGGCCCGCAGGGUACUUACGUCAAUCCAGGCGGUGUUAUACAUGAGACUAUAACUUUUUAUCACGUACAAGGUGUUAUGCUUAGCGAUACGCCCCCUUCGACUGAGUACAGUUGGUUUCCAGGAUAUGCUUGGACAAUAGCUAUCUGUAAAGGUUGUCUUCAUCAUGUUGGAUGGAAGUUCACAGCAACAGAGUCUGAUUUAAGGCCCAAAGCAUUUUGGGGCUUGACACGCAGAAGUCUGAAAAAUAGAGAUUUAAAAGUUAAGAAGAAGAAAUAAGAAACAAGUCACACUAGCGUACACUAGGCAUCAUAAAUGCCUUAAUCGUCGUUGGAUGGGCAUUUUUUGAACCAGCACAUCGUAUCUACGUUAAUAAUACAUACUACAAUUGGUACGUAUAAUAAAGUAUGUAACUAAAGCACUAAAGAGGUGUUACAUUUUAUAAAAACAAAAAUAAAAAUAAGGGUGAUUUAAGGUAUGAUAUAUUUUAAAUGUUAGCUGUACUAUUUUUGAUUACAAAUAAUUGUGAUACAUGAAUAUAUACUGGAUACAACCCGUUUUCUUCUCGAAAGAGCUCUUUGAAAUUUAUUUAAUACAUGUUAAGGUAUCUAUGACAUCUAAUGUACAAUAAAGUUUUGUUCUAUGACUAAUUUCAUUACAUACAUAAUUUUUGGGCAUGUUUGGACAAUAGCGAUUUAUGAAAGUUGUCUUUUAUGCAAAUGAUAAUUAUUAUAUUGAUAGCCAUAUGAGUUAUAAUACAAAAUACUUGUGUAUAAUUCAGAUGGUCUCAUUAUUGUUGUGGAUUGUUUUGUUUAACUCAACCACUUCUUUAUAAAAUGUGUUUCUUAAAUGUGUAGCUAUUAUUGCAGACUGCAUAACCAAAAAAUAAAUUUUCUAUCACUUA